UGGCAUAUAGUUAUACAAUAAUGAAUUGGGUUUCCAAUAAAUUAUUUUUCACCAUAUGCCUCUUCGUCCACCUUUCAAUGGCAGAGUAUUUAAAUUGUCGUUUCAAACCCGGAUGCGAUGGCAAUCGAUGUGAUCCUUCGCCUUCAUCUCUUGAGCAAGGUUUCGGUAUUUCUGAUUAUUUAAAGAAGAAAGAAUUUCCUAUAACUUGUGAACAGAAAAAGGAAGUUUCAAGCGAUGUUGCUAGACUAUACAGCGAAAAUUCCAACAAUAGAUACGAAAUAAAACAGUUAAGAAAAGAGCUACAGACACUCACUAGUGAAAUUGAAAGUUUGAAGAAGGGAGAAAUCGUUUUUCUGCUGUCGGAACUGAACCAACUUCGUAAAAUCAACGACGAGCAGACUAAAAGUAUCGAAAACUUAAAAAAGGGAAAUGCUGCGACUGGACAAAAUAAAAAACGAGAUUCUAAUCCUUGUGAUACCAACCCGUGUGGGAACAAUGCAAUAUGCAAACGUUUGGGCAAUGAAAAGUACGACUGUAAAUGUCAAAAACCAUACACGCGAAAUGGACCAACGUGUGAGAUUAAAGAUGGACAGCUGAGACUCGCAGGAGGUAAUUCUGACAGCGAAGGGAGACUGGAAGUGUUCCAUGCAGGAGAAUGGGGAACAAUAUGUGGAUACCUUUGGGGAAUGGACGAGGCAUACUUAGCUUGUCGGGAACUAGGAUUCAAUAAAGCGAAAGAAGCGGGAGUCGGAUUUCGAUUCGGUGAAGGAAAAGGGAAAAUAUGGCUGAUCUCAAUUCACUGCGAUAGAGAUGUUACACAGUUCGAAUCGUGUCGAGGCGUUGGAAAAUAUGGACCGUACAAUGCAUUGUGCACUCACGACAACGAUGCGUCAGUCGUCUGUGAAUAGUGCCGCUCAACUAUUUUCUAUCGAUAAUCCGUAUACAAAACUACAAAAUUUCUGCGGCCCGGUUUUUCACAAAAAUAUACUGCGCUUGGAUAUAUUUCAGUGCUUUUAACUAUGACAUGGACAAACUACGGCCCAGGGGCCAAUAGGUAAAUUUCUCCAACCAAAGUUUGAUGUUUUAUCUAAAAACAAAUAGCUCAGGAAAUUCGUUGAUAUUGGUAUUGCCAGUUGAGUAGCCAGUUGUGUAUUGUAUUGAUUAAAAUUGAUAUGCUUGAUUUCCUGAUGUAAAUUUGGGUAAAUAAAUUGGAGAAAUACGGCAAAUAAAACGUUGUGGAAGGUCAAUUAAGACUUACACUUUAUCCACAUACGUCUCAUACAAGUCACCGUUUCUGAUUAAUAUACCGGAGCAUCUGGAAAUAAAUGAUGUGUAAAUGUUCCACUUCUCGGGUCGUUAUAUACAAAUUUUUAUUGUAGAAUAUAUGCAU